AAUAUAAGCUGUAGUUGAGGUUAUUCAGUUUAAUUCCAGCGUCUCUCUGGUUGUUUUCUGGUGCAGAAAGUCUUUGUUCUCUCUGAAUCAAAGAUGGAGGCUGAGCCUGGCUCUGCUCGACAGGCAGCCUGCAGCACGAACAGCCAUUUUGUAGCAGGAAUACACAACAAAGAAGGCUCCCUGCACACAAACAACAACCACCACCCCAGCCUCACACGAUCCCGAUCCACACGUAUUCCAACAGUUUCUCAGCAUGUGCUUCGUGUUGCAUGAACAAAAACUUAAUGGCAACAUUUUACAAAUUCAUACUAUAACACACCAUCACCGAUCUGACUGUUUUCAUCCAGGUUAAAUUGUAGGCAACGUUUAACCAACACAUACUGUAAUGCAACAACCUCUGGCUGGAGUCAUUUACAGCUGAAUGCCCAUUUUCACUGUGCAGACACAAAGGGCUGCCAAUGUGGAACGGCAGAGGAGUGUAAAUGGGUGGGAAUGAAGGCCAUGCUGCCCUUAUGCACUGGAUUACACCCCCGACACACACACACACACACACACACACUCUUCCACACCCCUAUUUCACACGCUCAUCUAUUUUCUGUGUCACAUUCCUCACACUCCUCCAUCUCCUCGUUUUGCAGUAUCUCUAAACUAGUUUCUCGCCCCGCAGCCCAGACCUCCAACAGGAAAGAAAGGGUGUUAAAUGACUGAAUUCAUGCUUCCUGCUGGAAAUCUGUGUCAUGGAUGAUGAGGACGAUCGCCGUCUUCUGGAUAUAUUAGGAGAUGUGGACGCACUCAAUGAUUACCUCCACGGCAGCAACAGCAAGUCUAUUGAAGAGGAUGAUGUGACAAAUGCAGCUUAUGGGUCAGACGGAUCGUUUUUUGCAAAUGACACAACCAGCUCCAACACCGGCCUCAAGGAUGGCUCUUCUACGAUGGAGGAAUUUGGAGACGAUGCAGCCGAGGCAGGCCUCCAGCUGUCUGGCAGCCUCUCAUUUAUCGAGGACGAGCUGGGGUCUGGGACCUCCCCGGGCGGGGUGGACCUGGGCGGCGAGGACCAGCCCUUCGACAUCCUGCAGAAGUCCCUCAUGGAGGCGGACAUCACGGAGCAGACGCUGGCCCAGGAGGCCCUGCUGGACUCCCAGCCCGCCCCCACACUGGUGCAGGCCCCCGUCCCCUUCUCCUCCCAGCUGGUUUCUGGGGGUUACGGAGGCGGCGUGGGUGUCGUCACCACGGCGACGGCCGCCUUCCCUGCAGGCCAGCUCCUGCAAGGAAUGUCUCCACUGCCCAACGGCUCCACCCAGCACAUCCAGGUGCUGGGCUCGUUCGGAGCGACCGGCAGCGUGAUGACUCUGAGCAACCUGGAAAGGACUCCUCAGAUCGUGCUGAGGCCGGGGGUGUCCGUCGCUCCGACGGGGACGGUGACUGCAGGGCAGGUGUUUGCCCCCACCCAGGGGCAAGUUGGCUUGCCCUUCAAAAAUAUCCCCCUUCAAAACAUCAUCAUCCAGAGAGGCCCGGGAGGAACGCAGACCCUGGUCAGACCAAUCCAGCCCAAACCCCUUCAGACCGGAGCUCAGACUGUCUACAGCCUCGGUCUCCAGCCCACCCCCACCACCAUGGCUAACGUAGUGAACGCCACCGCCGCCCCUCCGGGUGGACAGUACGCGGCCAAUGGCUCCAUCGUGGUGCAGCCGCCCUCAGAGCCGCAGCAGCAGCCGAACGUGGCGCCCGGACAGUUCCUGCUCCCCGGGUCACUGGCGCUCACUCCGUCCAGCGCCGUCCCCAACGGCCCCGCCGAGCCCGGCUCCGGCGCCCUGAUCGCCGGUCAGAGCGCCGUGCAGAUCGUCGCGGGGCAGAACUUCGCCACGCCCGCCGGCGGUCAGCUCAUCCUGAACCAGGGAAUCGUGAGCGGGGGUCAGGUCGGAGGGGGCGCGGCGCAGGCGUGGACCGGAGUGUCCUGUGCGAGCUCCGUCCCCGUUCAGACGCCCAGCGCGCCCGGGCGCCUGACUCUGGUCGGGCCGGCGGCGGUCGGGAUCGGCAGUCAGGGCCAAGUGUCUGCCAGUCCUGUGCAGCGCCUGCUGGUGACGCAAACUCCAAACUGCACUUCUCUGUCACCGCUACCGGGUAGUGUGAUGCAGGAACAGCAGCAGGACUACAAACAGGCACAUCUCAGCAACAUCCACGUAAUGAAAACCAUGCCACCAGCUGCAGCACUGAAUUCUGAGAAGAGGCCCGUCGCUCAGCCACUCACAAGAGCAGAAAUGAUCCUACAACAGGUGCGAAGGGAUCACGCUGCAGUUCAGAACCCGGAUCGAUGCCAGUUUCGGUCGAUUGACGACGCGCUGGAAAGACUGCUGCCUUAUCACGUGUUCCAGGGAGCGCCGCCCAGCCAGGACGAGUUCUCACAGGUGGACGAGGAAUUCGAGGCGGUUGCAGCCCAGGUGCUGAGUCGGACUCACGCCAUGGUGAACAAAUACCGGCGGCUCCUCAUGGUGGAGUCCGAGCGUUCCAGUCCGUCGUCGGAAAUCGUGAUGAUCGACAGGACCUUCAACCAGGAGGAGCGUGGCAACCUGACCCAAGACAAGCGCAUGGUGCUGGUGGAUCCAGACAGCUUCUUGGAGGACUUCUGCUGUGGGAUGAAGUCCAAACUCUUCCAGGACCCUCCUCCUCCUCCUCCUCCUCCUCAGGCGGCGUCUGGCUGUCAUUGGCCUCGAUCAGAACAAGACUCCUCAGAGUCUCCGUACAGGACAGACCCCCAGCCCGGGUACGGAGACCCCGGAGGGGGCGGGGGCGGGGAGACGGGCUCAGCAGAGAGACCCCACAAACCAUAUCUAGAAACCAAGAGCGCUCUGGAGCUGAAGCGCUCCCAGCAGCAGUACGGACCCGGCAGCCUCCCCCAGGGGAAACCCUCCAGCUUCGCGGCGGCGCUGGGGGGGCAGACGCACUACCAGGGCUCCCCCAGCCCCACGCGGCCCCCCUACACACCCCAGCUGGGCUCGCCGCCCCACUCGGACACCGACUCUGCCCUGGAGGCCGCCGUCAACAGCAUCCUGGAAUGUUAAGACCGACGCUCCGGAUCGAUGGUUCCUGUUUCCUGCUUGUAACGCUGUGUGCAGAGAGGUCCACUCUUCCUCCAGCUCUCCGACGCUCGUCACACGCAGUCAUGUAGCAUGUAUGUAGUUUUCUCGGGGGUCGUCGGGUGGGGGUGGGGGGGGGUGGGGGGUUGAACAGAAGCACUUGCAGUUACCUGUAAAGAUCCGGGAAUGUGUGCAAUGCCCACGGACUGACAGAUUCUAAAUGUCGUUUUAUAUGUUUUCACCUUAUUUUCAAACUGCAGCUGGGCUCUGGAGGAAGAGUUUUCCUCUCUUGACACUCGAGUUAUCGAUCAGUGCCAGUUUGACCUCCCGCUCCUCACACCGGGCGGGGGAGGAGGGACGAGGUGGCGACUCUGUGCCUAUCGGAGGUUUUAUAUGGAAGUGUUUACAUGAAGAAGAUCUAUUCAAAAAAUAUCAUUUCACUCAUUUUCUGUUUGUACAGUAUGUUAAAGGAGACCUGUUUCGCACAUUUUCACGAGUCUUUAAAUAGUUCUAAAUGUUCUCACUCGGCCCGCUGAGGGACACCACUCAGUCCUGGUAAUUUGACACCAGCCCCGUCAUCCUUUCAGCUGUCAGAAGAAGGAGCAGUUACUUUAACCUCAUCACUUCAAGUCAGACGGUUCAGGUCUCCUUUAAGAUGCCUGCUGCGUCACGGCUGUAGACUUCCUGUCGGAUAGAAACACUUUCACUCGGACUAGUUGCACUAAAGACGUUUCAUCUGGCGUCACGACUUCAGUGAGUUUGAGGCUGAACUGAACUUGAAUGUUUGGAACAAAACCAAAACCUGUCUGCCUGCAACAAGGACGACCUCCUUCCACGACACUAGAAAUCAUCACACACGUCACAUAAACACACUUUUCCAGCUCAAGUCACGUUUUCUUUACUUUUUUUUUUAUACCUUAAAGGUAUGCAAGUCCCGACAGACAGGACAGAUGCUGAUCCAGACCACUGAGUUUGUGUCAGUGGAGCUAAAAAUCCUCAGAUUGAGGAAAAUAUGUUAGAAUAAAUCUUUUCAUUUAGAUUUUUUUUCAGUUUUUGAAUAAAAAAAAAAAAAA